UCCAGUUACAGGACCACAGCCCUGGGCACCUGCGCCGCCUCCCCUCCUCCCCUUCCCAGGACAUGGAGGGUCCAAGGCUCCUCUCCAAGGCAACUGGGUGGGUCUGAGCACCCCACUCUGGCUCAGGAGAUGCAGCUCCGCCCCCACCGACUCCACAGGUGCUGGUAGUUAGGGCGCGCUGCCCCUCUCUGGGGCUGGGUCACCCAGGCGCUCCCUUCAGGGGGCUGAGCCAGCGGAGGCCCCGGAGUGGGUGGCCGUGUCAGCAGGGGGUCUUCAUCGCGCCUUCAGGCCAAGAUGGCCUCCCCCAACGCAGGCCUCCCGGCUCCGGGUAAACAACACCCACGCACUUUCCACCGCCGCUGGAGGGUGAAACCCAAGGCGGAGGCUCAAGGAGAUGAAUUAUGGAUCCGCCUCCUGGGAACUGUCCCUCCCAGGCCACCAGGCCAGUCCGAGGUGCAGCGCCCAGGCCGCUCUGCAGCCGCGGCGGGAGGCCCAGCAGGACCCCGUCUCCAAGCUCCUGAACUUGGACACCGGCCCCGGCUGGUGGGGAGCAGGCCGCCACCAUGGCCGACGAGGAGAAGAAAGCCAAGAAGAAGAAGAAGAAGGGGCAGGAGCCGGAGAAGCCCAAACGGAGCCUGAAGGGGACCUCCCGGCUGUUCAUGGGCUUCCGCGACCGCACGCCCAAGAUCUCCAAGAAGGGCCAGUUCCGCAGCGCGUCCGCCUUCUUCUGGGGCCUGCACACCGGCCCGCAGAAGACCAAGCGCAAGAGGAAGGCGCGCACGGUGCUGCAGUCCACGUCCAAGCUCAUGACGCAGAUGCGCAUGGGCAAGAAGAAGCGCGCCAUGCGGGGCAAGAAGCCGUCCUUCAUGGUCAUCCGCUUCCCCGGCCGCCGGGGCUACGGCCGCCUCCGGCCCCGGGCGCAGUCGCUCAGCAAGGCCUCCACGGCCAUCAACUGGCUCACCAAGCGGUUCCUCAUCAAGAAGGCCGAGGAGUCGGGCAGCGAGCAGGCCGCGGUGGACGCCUGGCUGAGCCGCUCGGGCUCCCACGUGGGCUCCCGCAAGCUGCCCUUCCCCUCGGGCGCCGAGAUCCUGCGGCCGGGGGGCCGCCUGCGGAGGUUCCCGCGCAGCCGCAGCAUCUACGCGUCGGGGGACCCCGUGGGCUUCCUGCCCUUCGAGGACGAGGCCCCGUUCCGGCACGCGGGCUCCCGCAGGUCGCUGUACGGGCUGGAGGGCUUCCAGGACCUGGGCGAGUACUACGACUACCACCGCGAGGGCGACGCCUACUACGACCAGCGGUCGCUCUCCCAGUACGAGGAGCAGGACCCGGGCCUGGCGACCAGCGGUCCCUACAGCCCCGCUUGGCCGCCGUAUGGAGACCACGCUCCCGGGUACCCGCCCGAGGACCCCUACGACCACUACCCCCUGGACUACUACGGGGGCCCCUACUACCCCACGUCUGCCUACGGCUACAGUUACGGCUACGAGGAUCACGAGCCCCCCUACGCGCCCCCAGGGGGGUACGCGUCUCCCUACAGCUACUACGACAGCGAGCCGUACCCGCAGGCCUACUACCUGGACCCCUUUGCACCUUACGAUGCGCCAUACCUGCCCUAUGACCUCCCGUACGAUGUCCCCGCCUGGGAGCCCUACGGGGUGCCCUAUGAGGCCCCCUAUGGCCUCCCCUACGCCGAGGGCAUCUAUGGUGGCGGGGACCAGGCCAUAUACCCUCCUGAAGUGCCCUAUCUGUACCCGGAGGAGCCGGCCUUUGCAUACCCGUGGGUGCCACCACCCAUCAUGUCACCCCACAACCCCUACGCCCACCCCAUGGAUGACAUCGCGGAGCUGGAGGAGCCGGAGGAGGCGGCCGGGGAGCGGCAGGGCACCUCCUUCCGCCUGCCCAGCGCCAGCUUCUUCGAACAGCAAGGCAUGGACAAGCCCGCCAGGUCCAAGCUCUCCCUCAUCCGCAGGUUCCGACUCUUCCCGCGGCCCCAGGUGAAGCUGUUCGGGAAGGAGAAGCUGGAGGUGCCCCUGCCCCCCUCCUUGGACAUCCCCCUACCCUUGGGGGAGGAGGAGGAGGAGGAGGACGAGGAAGAGGUGCCCCCGGUGCGCACCGGGCCCUACGCCCACCCCUUCUGGGGCUUCCUCACGCCGCGCCAACGCAACCUGCAGCGGGCCCUGUCGGCCUUCGGCGCCCACCGCGCCCACCGCGGCCUGGGCUUCGGCCCCGAGCUCGGGCCCGCGCGCCCGGCCACCUCGCUGGCGCGCUUCCUCAAGAAGACGCUGUCGGAGAAGAAGCCGGUCCCGCGGCUCGGCGGCAGCCAGAAGGCCCGGCGCGGCGGCCCGGCCGUCCGGGAGGCGGCCUACAAGCGCUUCGGGCUACAAGCUGGCGGGUGGGACCCCGACCGGCCCAACACGCCCAUCAUGCUGCCGAGCAAGACAGCCGGCAGGGCUUUCUCCAGGCCACGGCCUAUACCCGAGACCCCCUUUCUCCAGCACCUGGGCCCCGGGCCGUCCCGGGACUCCCCGCUGGAGGACGCAGACCCUGCCGUGACUGGCGUCUUCCUGGGGAGACACCAUGACCCGGGGCCUGGAGAGCUCACCAAAUCGGCCAGCCCCAGCCCUGAGAAGCCCAAAGAAGAGGCCUCCCCCGGGAACCCCCGGCCACUAGCAGAGCCUGAGCCCCCAAGCCCAGAGCCCCCCAAGAACUCUCCCCCAGAGCAGAAGGUGCUAAGGCUCAGCCUCUCCCACCCUCUGGCCGCUCGCGAUAGGAUGAGGGCCACGUGGCCACCAUGGCGCCGCUGGGGAACACUGCCCAGUGCCCCAGCCCCCUUGAAGCCCACUGGUGCCCCAGGGCCCCUGCCCAGGGCAGGUGAGCGGCACCAGGCAGGUCCUGGGCGUCUUGCUGUAGUCCUGCCUCGGGUACAAAAACCAAGCUCUCCCCAGCGCGCUGGUCCUGCCACCCUGCAGCCCCCCACCCAGCUGACCAAGGACCCAGAACCCAGCCUCAAGCCCAGAGCCUGGAGUCUGCUCUGGGCCUCUCUCUGGCUGCCAGCGGGGACCCACCGGCCCUGGCCACGAGCACCUGCCUGCCCCGCUUCCUGCCGCCUGGGUCCCGAAGCUGCCUUUCUGCCCCAUGGGGGCCCCUGGGAAGAGGUUGGCCCCAAAAGCUGGUGGAACAAGAUGCACUCCAUCCGCAACCUGCCGUCCACGCGGUUCCUGGAGCAGCACCGGGAGGACGGUGUGGAGGACAUGACGCAGCUGGAAGACCUCCAGGAGACCACUGUGCUGUCCAACCUCAAGACCAGAUUUGAACGGAACCUCAUUUACACCUACAUCGGCAGCAUCCUGGUGUCGGUGAACCCUUACCGGAUGUUCGGAAUCUACGGGCUGGAGCAGGUGCACCAGUACAGUGGGCGGGCCCUGGGAGAGAACCCCCCGCAUCUCUUUGCAAUUGCAAAUCUCGCCUUCGCCAAAAUGCUUGAUGCCAAACAGAACCAGUGCAUAAUUAUCAGUGGCGAGAGCGGCUCUGGAAAAACUGAGGCCACAAAGCUGAUCCUACGCUACCUGGCCUCCAUAAACCAAAAACGGGGCAUCAUGCAGCAGAUAAAGAUCCUGGAGGCCACACCCCUCUUGGAGUCCUUCGGUAACGCCAAAACUGUGAGGAAUGACAAUUCCAGCCGCUUCGGGAAGUUUGUGGAGAUCUUUCUGGAAGGGGGCGUGAUCUCUGGUGCCAUAACCUCCCAGUACCUGCUCGAGAAAUCCAGGAUUGUGUUUCAGGCCAAAAACGAGAGGAACUACCACAUCUUCUACGAGCUGCUGGCUGGGCUGCCUGCCCAGCUCCGGCAGGCCUUCAGCCUGCAGGAGGCUGAGACCUACUACUACCUGAACCAGGGCUCCGGACGCCACCCAGGGCCCCUGACCCCUGGCCCUGCCCUCUCGGGGAAGAGUGACGCAGACGACUUCCGCCGGCUCCUCGCUGCCAUGGAGGUGCUGGGCUUCAGCGGGGAGGACCAGGACAGCAUCUUCCGCAUCCUGGCCUCCAUCCUGCACCUGGGCAACGUCUACUUUGAGAAGUACGAGACAGACGCACAGGAGGUGGCCUCGGUGGUGAGCGCCCGGGAGAUCCAGGCCGUGGCCGAGCUGCUGCAGAUCUCCCCUGAGGGGCUCCAGAAGGCCAUCACCUUCAAAGUGACCGAGACAAUCCGAGAGAAGAUCUUCACCCCCCUGACUGUGGAGAGUGCCGUGGAUGCCAGGGAUGCCAUCGCCAAGGUCUUGUAUGCGCUGCUGUUCGGGUGGCUCAUCACCAGGGUCAACGCGCUGGUGUCCCCCCAGCAGGACGCACUGUCCAUCGCCAUCUUGGACAUCUACGGCUUCGAGGACCUGAGCUUCAACAGUUUCGAGCAGCUGUGCAUCAACUAUGCGAACGAGAACCUUCAGUACCUUUUCAACAAGAUCAUCUUCCAGGAGGAGCAGGAGGAGUACCUCCGCGAACAGAUCGACUGGCGGGAGGUGGCCUUCGCUGACAAUCAGCCCUGCAUCAACCUCAUCUCGCUGAAGCCCUACGGCAUCCUGCGCAUCCUGGAUGACCAGUGCUGCUUUCCCCAGGCCACAGACCACACAUUUCUGCAAAAGUGCCAUUACCACCAUGGCGCCAACCCGCUCUACUCCAAACCCAAGAUGCCAUUGCCCGAGUUCACCAUCAAGCACUACGCAGGCAAAGUCACCUACCAGGUGCACAAGUUCCUGGACAAGAACCAUGACCAGGUGCGUAAGGACGUGCUGGACCUAUUUGUUCGGAGCCGGACACGGGUGGUGGCCCGCCUCUUCUCCAGCCAUGCCCCCCAGGCUGCCCCUCAACGCCUGGGCAAGAGCAGCUCCAUCACCCGCCUCCACAAGGCCCACACCGUGGCAGCCAAGUUCCAACAGUCGCUCCUGGAUCUGAUCGAAAAGAUGGAGAGGUGUAACCCCUUGUUCGUGCGCUGCCUGAAGCCCAAUCACAAGAAGGAGCCAGGCCUCUUUGAGGCAGAUGUGGUCAUGGCGCAGCUGCGCUACUCCGGGCUGCUGGAGACCGUGCGGAUCCGCAAGGAGGGCUUCCCGGUGCGGCUGCCUUUCCAGGCGUUCAUCGACAGGUACCGCUGUCUAGUGGCCCUUGAGCACAACCUGCCAGCCAGUGGGGACAUGUGUGUGUCCGUGCUGAGCCGCCUGUGCACAGUCAUGCCAAACAUGUACCGCGUUGGCGUCAGCAAGCUCUUCCUUAAGGAGCACCUCCACCAGCUCUUGGAGAGCAUGCGGGAGCACGUCCGGAACCUGGCAGCCCUCACCCUGCAGCGCUGCCUCCGUGGCUUCUUCAUCCAGCGCCGUUUCCGCUCCUUACGCUGCAAGAUCAUCCUGCUGCAAAGCCGAGCCCGAGGCUACCUGGCCAGGCAGCGGUAUCAGCAGAUGAGAAAGAGUCUGGUGAAGUUCCGGUCCUUAGUGAACACAUACGUGAGCCACCGGCGCCACCUCAAGCUGAGGGCAGAGCGGAGGCUCCGGGUGGAGGAGGUGCGGCUACGGGAGCAGGAGGAGCUGAGCAAGCGGGAGGUGGUAGCUGUGGGACACCUGGAGGUGCCAGCAGAGCUGGCUGGGCUCUUGCGAGCAGUGGCAGGCCUUAGGCCAGCCCAGAUGCCCCGGGUGGCCCCUGUCCGGACUCCCCGGCUCCAGGCCGAGCCCCGUGUCACACUGCCCCUGGAUAUCAACAACUACCCCAUGGCCAAGUUUGUCCGGUGCCACUUCAAGGAGCCUGCCUUCGGGAUGCUGACGGUGCCCCUGAGGAUGCCCCUCACUGGGCUGCCAGUAGAGCACCACGCGGAAGCCGUGAGCAUCUUCAAGCUGGUCCUGCGCUUCAUGGGUGACCCCCACCUGCACGGUGCCCAGGAGCACGUCUUCGGGAACUACAUUGUGCAGAAAGGGCUGGCAGUGCCCGAACUCCGGGAUGAGAUCCUGGCACAACUGGCCAACCAGGUGUGGCGCAACCCCAGGACCCACAACGCCGAGCGGGGCUGGCUCUUGCUGGCUGCCUGCCUCAGCGGCUUUGCACCUUCCUCGCGCCUCAACAAGUACCUGCUCAAGUUUGUGUCUGAUUACGGGCGGAAUGGCUUCCAGGCCGUGUGUCAGCAUCGCCUCAUGCAGGCCAUGGGCCGGGCCCAGCAGCAGGGCCCUGGGGCUGCCCGCACCUUCCCUCCGACCCGGCUCGAGUGGACAGCAGCACAGGAGAAGGCCAGCAUGGCUUUGGAUGUGGGCUGCUUCAACGGCGACCAGUUCUCCUGCCCGGUACACUCCUGGAGCACGGGGGAGGAGCUGGCCGGGGACAUCCUGAGGCACAGGGGGCUGGUGGACGGCUGGCGGGGCUGGACGGUGGCCAUGAAGAACGGGGCCCAGUGGGCGGAGCUGGCCGGCCACGACUACGUGCUGGACCUGGUGUCAGACCUGGAGCUGCUCAGGGACUUCCCACGGCAGAAGUCCUACUUCAUUGUGGGUGCAGAAGGGCCCGUGGCCGGCAGAGGAGGCCCGAGAGCGGUGUUUGGGAACAGCUGGGACUCAGAUGAGGACACGCCCACUAGGCCCCAACCACGGGGGCACAUGCCCAAUGUGGCUGACGCCAACGGGUACUGCAGCCCCCAUGAGGACAGCACAGAUGGGGAGACUGAGGCCCAGAGAGGUACAACAACCCACCCAGGCCUGGACAGCCCUGGAGAGCCUGCUGUGUCCCACAAGGGCCUGGACUGCUACCUGGACAGCCUCUUCGACCCCGUGCUGUCCUGCGGGGAUGCGGACCUGGAGAAGCCGACAGCCAUUGCCUAUCGCAUGAAGGGGGGAGGCCAGCCUGGUGGCGGCGGCGGCAGCAGCACUGAAGACACUCCCAAGAGACCCCCAGAGCCAAAGCCAAUCCCAGGCCUGGACGCCUCCACAUUGGCCCUGCAGCAAGCUUUCAUCCACAAACAGGCCGUGCUGCUGGCCAGAGAGAUGACCCUGCAGGCCAUGGCCCUCCAGCAGCAGCCCCUGAGUCCUGCCCCAAGGCCCUUCCCCCCCGAGAAGCCCCAAGCCCCCCGAGGCACGGCCAAAGCUCGCGGGCACGAGACCCCCGGUCAAGCUGUGCUGCUGCGCCCCACUCCGAAGCCCGUGGCCCCCGCCCCUCCGGCCAAGGCCCCCAGGCCGCCCCUCAAGCCUGUGGCCGCCCCCAUUCUGGCUCAGGAUCGGUCUUCUCCAGAAACCACUUUGCCCUGCCCCGAGCUGGUCCGGUACUCCACACUCAACUCGGAGCACUUCCCGCAGCCCACGCAGCAGAUCAAGAACAUCGUCAGGCAGUACCAGCAGCCGCCCCAGGGGGGCCAGCCCCAGGCCCUCAGGAAGGACUGCGGGAGGGUGUUCGUGAAGCGGCCAGACCCCCACGAGGAGGCCCUGAUGAUCCUGAAGGGCCAGAUGAGCCACCUGGCGGCAGCACCUGGCACGCAGGUGCCCAGGGAGGCCGUGGCCCUGGUGAAGCCAGUGACCAGCGCUCCAAGGCCGUCCAUGCGACCCACUCCAGCGCUGCCCUCGAGGUCGCUGGAGCCCGCCGAGGAUCCAGUGCAGACACAGCUGCACCGCCUCCCCAACCCCAGUUUCUAUGGCUACCAGGACACCCCCUGGCAGAUCUUCCUGCGCAAAGAGGUGUUUUACCCGAAGGACAGCUACAGCCACCCCGUGCAGCUAGACCUCCUGUUCCGGCAGCCCAGAGCCAGCUGGACCACGCAGAGGCCGCUGGUGGAACGAAGAGCGUGGAAGCGGGCUGUGGUCAACACCGCACGCGACAGCCUGGGAGGUCUACUUCCUCCCCGCCUCUUCCCCGCCACGGGCAGCGUGGGCACGGGCGUGCAGAUCCUAGCUGUGUCCCACACAGGCAUCAAGCUCCUGCAGAUGGCCAGGGGCAGCCGGGAGGCCAGCGGGCAGCUGCGUGUCCUGCGCACGUACAGCUUUGCAGACAUCCUGUUUGUGACCAUCCCCUCCCGGAACAUGCUGGAGUUCAACCUGGCCAGCGAGAAGGUCAUCCUCUUCUCAGCCCGCGCUCAGCAGGUCAAGACCCUGGUGGACGACUUCAUCCUGGAGCUGAAGAAGGUCAGGGUCCUCCCACAGAGCCCGCGUGGGAGCUGAGGCCCAGGACAGGCUCUGCACCCCGCACCGGCCACCCUGCCCGGGAGCAGGGGGAAUGCCCUCCCUUCCCAAGCCCAGGCCCCUCCACCAGGGAGCUGGAGGGCAGGCCGUGUCCUGAGAGCCCUCAGUCCCAGGGAGACGCCUGCUCGCCUCAGACUCCUCCCCCCCCCAGGCUGGCGGCUCGGGACCACCCACGGGCGCGUGGGACGCUUCCCUUCCGAGCUGGUGCAGCCCGUGGCUGCCCCCGACUUCUUGCAGCUGCCCGCGGAGCCCAGCCGGGGUCGUGCCGCCGCUGUGGCCGCCGCCGUGGCCUCCACGGCUGCUGCAUGGGAGGUGGGCCGCAGGAGAGAGGGUUCCCCCAUCAGGACUGGCUCGGCUGAUCGUGGGGAGGACGGGCUGGCUCCCCCACCACGCACGAUGCUGGCGUUUGCCCAGAAGUAUUUCCGAGACCCUCAGAGGAGACCCCAGGACGGCCUCAGGCUCAAAUCCAAGGAGGGCCGGGAGUCCAGAACCUUGGAGGACAUGCUUUGCUUCACCAAGAGCCCGCUCCAGGAGUCCCUCAUCGAGCUCAGCGACGCCAGCCUCAGCAAGAUGGCGACCGACAUGUUCCUAGCCGUGAUGCGGUUCAUGGGGGACGCCCCGCUGAAGGGCCAGCGCGAACGGGAUGUGCUCUGCACCCUCCUGAAGCUGUGCGCCGAGCAGGAGGCCCUGCGGGACGAGUGCUACUGCCAGGUGGUGAAGCAGCUCACAGACCGCGCCAGCAGCGACCAGGACAGCUGCCAGCGGGGCUGGAGGCUGCUGUACAUCCUGACCGCCUACCACAGCUGCUCGGAGGUCCUCCGGCCACCCCUCGUCCACUUCCUCCAGGACGUGAGCCAGAGCCCAGGCCUGCCCUUCCAGGGAAUCGCCAAGGCCUGUGAGCAGAACCUGCAGAAAACCCUGCGCUUCGGCGGCCGUCUGGAGCUGCCCAGCAGCAUGGAGCUCCGGGCCCUGUUGGCGGGCCGCAGUUCCAAGAGGCAACUCUUUUUCCUCCCUGGAGGCCUUGAACGCCAUCUCAAAAUCAAAACGUGCACCGUGGCCCUGGACGUGGUGAAGGAGAUCUGUGCUGAGAUGGCCUUGACACGCCCUGAGGCCUUCGAUGAGUACGUCAUCUUUCUUGUCACCAACCGAGGGCAGCACGUGUGCCCACUCAGGCGCUGCACCUACAUCCUGGACGUGGCCUCCGAGAUUGAGCAUGUGGAGAGCAGCUACAUGCUCUUCCCGCGUGUGCUCUGGGACCAGGCACUUAAGUUUGAGAAUGAGCUAAACGUGACCAUGCACUAUAACCAGGUCCUGCCCGACUACCUGAAGGGCCUCUUCAGCAGCGUGCCGGCCGGCCAGCCCCGCGAGCAACAGCUGCAGCAAGUGUCCAAGCUGGCGUCCCUGCAGCACCGGGCCAAGGACCACUUCUACCUGCCCAGCAUGCGGGAGGUCCAGCAGUACAUCCCGGCUCAGCUCUUCCACUCCACGGCCGGCGCCGCCUGGCUCAGCCUGGUCAGCCAGCACCGGCAGCAGACACAGGCGCUCAGCCCCCACCAGGCCCGUGCCCAGUUUCUGGGCCUCCUCAGCGCCUCCCCCAUGUUUGGCUCCUCCUUCUUCUUCAUCCAGAGCUGCAGCAACCUUGCUGUGCCGGCCCCCAGCAUCCUUGCCGUCAACCAGAAUGGCCUCAACUUCCUCAGCACUGAGACCCACGAGCUGAUGGUGAAGUUCCCCCUGAAGGAGAUCCAGUCGACGUGGACCCAGCGGCCCACAGCCAGCUCCAGCUACCCCUACGUGGAGAUCGUGCUGGGGGAUGUGGCAGCCCAGUGCACCAUGCAGCUGCAGCUGGAGCAGGGCCUGGAACUGUGCCGAGUGGUGGCUGUGCACGUGGAGAACCUGCUCAGUGCCCGAGAGAAGCAGCUCACGCUGCCCCCCAGUGAGAUCACGCUGCUCUGA